CCACUCCGGCGGCGGCGGAUUCGGCAUGGCUGUCGUGGGCUGAAAGGCCGGGGAGCUGAGGGCUGGCGGGAGACGCCGCUUCGCUGCCGGGGACAGGGGCAGAGGCUGAAGGAGGCUGUUCCUACGCGGGGCAUCCGCACUCUUCCGUUUCCAGAAAUGUCUAAUGCAAGAGAGAAGAAACGCGCCAAGAAAAUGAGAAAUCAGCCUGCUAGUGUCACUUUAUCUUCUGAUUGUGGACCAUGUCAUGGUGGAAUACAGCACUAUAAUGGGGGAAGUAGCUCUUUUCAAACUACAAAACAAGCAGAUCUCCAUCCUGAUAGUUCACAGGAGUAUCAGCAGCAGAGACCUCAACAUCAGUCUCCUGGACCUUCGUACAGGAAAGAACAAUAUUUUUCUAAGGGGCAAAAUAGAGGUGAGAGAGGUAGAGGAAGAGGAGGUUGGAGAGGAGGAUGCCAAAAUGUUUCUCAAGAAAUGCCUAAAUACGUAACAGCAUCUACCUUUGCUCAAGCCCGUGCUGCUGAAAUCAGUGCUAUGUUGAAGGCAGUUACACAGAAGUCUUCCAAUUCAUUAGUCUUUCAGACUCUGCCUAGGCACAUGCGAAGACGAGCCAUGAGCCACAAUAUUAAACGCCUACCUAGACGGCUCCGUGAGAUUGCCAGAAAAGAGGCAGAGAAAGCUGUGCAUCAGAAAAAAGAGCAUUCAAAGAACAAGUGCCGAAAAGCUCGAAGGCGUCAUGUAAACUUGGUGGUGGAGUUUAAUCGCAGGCAGAAGAAGAAUAUUUGGUUGGAAACACAUAUUUGGCAUGCAAAGAGAUUUCAUAUGGUGAAGAAAUGGGGAUACUGCUUAGGAGACAGACCCACAACUAAGAGCUAUAGGGCUUGCUACCGAGCCAUGACAAAAAACUGCCUUCUUCAGGAUUUAUCCUAUUACUGUUGCCUGGAGCUGAAUGGAAAAGAGAGAGAGCUUCUGAAGGUGCUUGCUCGGAUGUGUAGUAUAGAUACAGGACCAACUUUUGCAGCUGUGCCUUGUCUGUCUGGAAGGCUCCAGGGCUCUCUGAUCCUUUACCGUGCAGAUCGCUACCCUGAGGAUGUGCUUGGUCCUAUUACUUUCAUUUGGAAACCCAAGGAUGGGUCUGGUAUUGCUUCUGAAACUAGACAGCUGUGGAUCUGGACACAUCCAUCCCUUAAGCAGGACAUACUGACUGAGCUAAAAGCAGUCUUUCAGUGUUCAGAGCCUGUAGAAACCUGUUCUCCUGAACCAAUUGUCACACUGCUUCCAGAAGAAAAACAAACAGAUGUAGCUAUGAAUGUUGGCAGGAAAAGGAAGAGGGAAGACAAUGAAGGAGAAAAAGCUGCGCCAGUGGAAAAAAUCAUUGGCGAUGGAACCAGAGUUCCACUUCAGUCAUACUGCUGGACAUCACAAACUACUGGCAUUGUGAUCAGUGAUUUGACCAUGGAGAUUCUCAGAUAUCGGUUGAUUGGCCCACUCUCGCACUGUGUCCUUACAGAAGCACUGAAAACUGCUCCUAUCCAAACUGUGAUGGCAGAUGCAGAAACAAAACUGAACAAUUGGUGGGUAGAAAACUGCAAGAACUCUGAGAAGGUGUCUCUUCAUCAGCGUCAAGAAGCCAUCUUCGAGUUGUUGCAAGGGAUAAGCUCUCCAUCAGAAAUUGCAGCAGGUACAAUACUGGGCCUGACUGUUGGGGAUCCUCGAGUGAAUUUGCCAAAAAAGAGGUCAAAAGCAAUGCCAAAUCCAGAAAAAUAUCAAGUUCAUCGUUCUGAUCUGUCAAGUGUGUGGGCUACCACAAUCUUCAUUGCCUUGGCAUUCACCCAGUUCUGUGCAGGAGAGAUUGUUUUGACUACAGACACAGCUGAUUAUGCAACCUGUACAGAUAAUGAGAAAGUUAGGCAGCUGCUUCUGGAAGGUGUGCCUGUGGAAUGUGCUCACAGCUUUAUCUGGGACCAGACUAUCUGUAAGAACGUUACUGAAAAUAAAAUCCCAGAGCAGGAUUUAAACCAUAUGAGAGGUGAACUAUUGGUACCUGGCUCACAGCUUGACUUGGGUCCUCGUGAAUCCAAGAUUCCUAUUCUCUUGGUUCAACAGCCAGGGAAAGUGGCUGGUGAAGAUCGACCAGGAUGGGGAAGUGGCUGGGAUAUCUAUCUGCCAAAGGGCUGGGGCAUGGCUUUCUGGAUUCCUUUUAUAUAUAGAGGUGCACGAGUAGGUGGCUUGCAAGAGGGUUUGAAACAUUCCGAAUAUAAAAGAACACCUCACAUUCCAAAUGAUUUCCCAGACUGUCCUGCUGGAAUCCAGUUUGCCAAAGAACUAGAAAACAUUCUUCUUGAAAAAUUCAAGAGACGCCCACCUGCAAAAAGGGCAAACUAUGUCAAACUUGGCACCCUGGCACCUUUCCUCUGUCCGUGGGGGCAACUAAACAGGGACUGGGAAGUAAGAUAUAAAGCUCAAGAAGAAUCUGUGGUUACUUCAUCUGCAGACAGUAAGAGCUGUGCAACUCAAAGGCAGGUUCCUUGUGAGCCCAAACCUGUACUGAUUAUAGAGGAUUCUCAGGCUGGCAUGAUGGAAGAAAUGACAGAGAUUCAAAAUUUAUGCAAAGAAGAUGGAGCUGCAACAAGUAGUGGCUUCUUUGUUCUCAGGAGCAGAAAACUAUUAAAGCAGUUAUCAGCCAAGUGCCAGCCUACUUGUGGAAAAGGUCAGAGGAUACGCCCUGCUUCAAAACUUGGACAGAAGGAAAUGACUGAAGAUGCCCUCUUACCACUCUUUAAGUGUUACCCAAGGGUGCUGGUGUGGGUCAGCUUGUCUCUGGUAAGAAAGGGUAGCCCUGAAUUACAUACCAUGAUAUGCAUUCCAACACAGGAGGAUUUUCUACAGCUUAACAAAGACCAGCUCUUCUAUGGUCCUCAAGAGCCCAAACACAGUGACAUAUUCAAACACAAGAUACUGAAACUAAAAGAGAGAAAAAAGAAAAAGAACAGGAAGGCUCUAGAAAGUGGUGCUUCUGAUGCCCUGGAGGCAAAAGCAGUUAAGGAGCCUAAAGAACUAAUACUUGGCUUAUGGCCUGACCCUCUACCAGAUGUUACUUCACACUGCUCUAGAAUCCUUUUAGGUUUUGUCACUCAAGGGGAUUUUUCAUUAGCUGCUGGCUGUGGAGAAGGACUGGGAUUUGUUAAUUUGACAGGAUUACUGCAUAUGUUAUCCAGUCAACCAGCCGAUAAAAAAGGGCUUGUUUUGUUAAGAACUCCAGCAUCUCUACAGUACAGAUUUGCUAGACUUAGUAUUGAGGUAUAAGCAUCAUACUUGUAAUGAAAUAGUGUACAGAUAUUACCAAAGAAAUUAUUCCUUCGUGUCUCGAGAAAUGCCUGUGUACCCCAUGUCUGUAAUGGGCAGUUUAUUUUCCAUCAAACUAACCUGUUAAUGAACUAAGCUGUUGAUCAUUUAUAAUGUUUGUAUAGCUCAAACGUUUUUUCUUCUGAAUGUCUAUCAGUUUCUGUUUUAAAACAUACGUUGGCUUUUGCAUCCAGAAAUACUUGCUUCCAUUAUGCUGAUACUGUUUUUCUAAAGGGCAUACUAUUUUUUUGUUGUUGUUCCAAUGCAGUUGAAGCCAAUGAUAUCAAAGAUCUUUUACUUUUACAGUGUUUCCACUUCAAAAGGCUUUGGUCAUAUGGCUGCUGGACUCUGAUUACAGUUCAUGCUUCUGGUAAAUGCAUGCCAUCUGGGCCUAUGUAUAUAGCAAUCAGCUUUUCAGGGCCCAUUCAAUCUUGCAGCUGAACAGGUCUGACUGCUGCAGAGUAAAGUUCUGUAACCACCUCUAGCAUAGACAGUGUAGAUGACGUGUUUUCACUGAAACAAUUCAGUACUUAAAUGGAACAUAAAUAAUGACUUUCUACGUUAAAGGCUGUGAAACACUGACUGCAGCAUGUUAGUGCUUUGGAUGAUACUGGUUCCAACUUUUUUCUUUCUGGGUCAGUGUAAACUUAUUAAACAGGUAUUUUCUUUUCAGAAUAAAUAUUUUUCAUUACUAUCAAGAAAAGUGGGUUUGGCCUACUGUGAAGAGAACUCCUUAAAAAUAGGAAUCUGAAUCGCAUCAUUUAAAGGUGUGCUGAAAUGCUUUAAAUGAGAGUGUUACGAUCCUGCACUUAGUGUUCAAGUAAUGCAAAUUAGCAGUUACCACACAAGAACCAGGGGUCACCCAAUGAAAUUAGUAGACAGCAGGUUUAAAAGAAACGUAAGGAAGCGUUUCUUCACACAACACACAGUCAACAUGUGGCACUCUGUGCCAAGAGAUAUUGUGAAGGCCAAAAACAUAACUGAGUUAAAAAAGAAUUAGAGAAGUUCAUUGAGGAUAGAUCCAUUUAUGACUAGUAACCAAAAUGCUCAGGGACACAACCUCAUGGUCUCUGGUGUCUCUAAAUCUCUGACUGUGAGAAGCUGGGACUGGAUGAUGUGAUGGAUCACUCACUCAGAAGCAUCUGGACACUCUUGGAAGACAGGACACUAGGCUAGAUGGACCAGUGGUCUGACUUAGUAUGCUCAAAGAGAAUACAUGGGUUACACUUAAAAAUAAGUAAAUAUACUUUCAAACACGAGCUGAAAAUCAGUUUUUACUCACCUGCCUAGAAAAGUUGUUUUUUUAUUUAACUUUAACACCUUAAAUAGUUGAAGAGCUGCUCUACGUGUAGGGGGUAUCAGCUGUUGCAGGAGAGAAAUAGAGCCCUGAACUCAACUCUUGGAAGUUAGUCUUCAGUUCUUUAGCCCCAAUGACAGAUAAUAGUAUCUUAUACCUGUUUUCUUUUGCUAGUUUGGGAUUUCUGAUGGUUCCUUUUAAUGUGAAUUUAGUCUUUGUGCAAUGUGCUGGAACCUGCAGUUGUGCAUGGGAAGUUUGUAGUAUGAGCAUCACUACGUUCUUCAGCAUUUUUGUAUAUAGAGAGAGAAUUUUAAAGGCAUUACAGUUCACCUUUAAAAAUGACAGCCAUUCUUGAGUUAAGGAGUUCUGAUAAUUGUAAAAUAGACAAUCAUGUGGGAGUGUGCUAAUAAAAUUUGUAGAUGACACAAAGAUGAGAGGUACUGCCGAUAUGUAGGGCCAUCCCUAGGGGGGAGCGGGGCCGCGGUGGAAUAGUGCAAAGUGCAAGGUCAUGCACUUGGGGACUAACAAAAAUUUUUGCUAUAAGCUGGGUAUGUAUCACUUGGGAACAACAGAAGAAAGAGACCUGAAUGUAUUGAUUGAUCACAGUAUGACUAUGAGCUGCCAGUGUGACGCAGCUGUGAAAAAGGCUAAGGGAAUCCUAGAGUGCAUCAGGAGAGAGAUUUCAAGUAGAGAUAGGAAAGUGGUGUUACCAUUAUACAAGGCCCUUGUGAGGCCUCAUCUGGAAUAUUGUGCAAGUCUGGUCUUCUAUGUUUCAGAAGGAUUAAUUCAAACUGGAACAAGUGCAGAGAAGGUCUAGUAGGAUGAUCAGAGGAAUAGAGAACCUACCUUACAAGAGGAGACUUAAGGAGCUUCUUGUUUAUCCUAACAAAAAUAAGGCUGAGAGGAGAGCUGGCUGAUCUCUCUAAAUUUAUCAGAGGGAUGAACACCAGGGAGGGAGAAGAGAUAAGUUAAGGGUCUGUUUCUGGCACCAGAACAAGUGGAUAUAAACUGGCCAUCAAUAAAUUGAGGCUUGAAAUCAGAUGGAAAGCUUCUAACCAUCAGAGGAAAGGAAGCACUGCUGUGCCAGACUUCAUUGAGGCUUUUCACUCCCCUUGACUUCGGUACAGUCGGUCACUCUGGUAUGGUUGUUCAUGUCGGGUCCAACGCUACUUGUGAUAGAUUGUACCCCUAUGCUUACCAUUUUUAUGAUACAUUUUGUACAAAGUAUACCUUGUGAUGUAUCAUUUGAAAACUCCUAAUUCUCUGGUCGUUGUUCUGGUAAAAUGUGUGUGGCAACAUUGUAUGUAAAGUUAAGAUUCUACUGUGUGAUGUUACUAAGGCAUAUUCCAACUCUGGGGAAGCAGCCCAAACCAGUUCCUCGGAGACAAAAAGAUAAACUGAUGCCUCGGCCAGGUGUCAACAUAAUCAGAUGAACUAUGACUUGGUUAAGUGGCCAUAUUUUGGCAGGAAGAAGUGUGUGAGUAAGAAAUGUACAUAUUGGCAAAGAAACAGUUGGGAGUUCCCAUUCCCCAGACUUUGUCACCUGAACCCCAGCUGAAGAUAAUCCUCAGAGGAGAGACAGGUAUAAAAAAGAGAACACGCAACACAAAUCAUCUCUCCUUCAUUCCUCUCUGCUCACUGCAGCUGCAACACCUGAAGAAACACUGAACUGGGGGAGGGGUCCUGGCUGGGAGGCUUUCAUCCAGUAAGCACUGCAAAAAGCAUGUGGUGAGAAAAUGUUUUGCUCUGAAUUCAUUUAACUUGCUAAAUUGGGUAUUAGUUUGCAUUUUUUUCUUUUCUUUGUAACCAACUCUGACUUUUAUGCCUCAUUACUUGUAAUCACUUAAAAGGUUUAUUUCUUUUAUUAAUAAACCUGUUUUACUGCUGUA